CAGAGGUAAUUCAGCAACAACCGGAAGCGCAUGCUGGCGCGCUCCUAGAGAUGUUUGCGUUGUAACAUAUACACAUAGUAACAGAGCUGAGUGGUUUUUAACGCAUUCAACGUUGUGAUCAUCACCAUAGAAUGGCAGCUGCCGUAGAAGCGCCUGUCCCAGCGGAGCAGGACCCUGCGCUGUGCGGUAGUGAGGGGGAGACCCGCGGGGCCGAGGUGGAGGAGAAGAGCCAGCCCCACAAAGGCUCCACCGGGCCCGCCGUGCCCCACAGCCGCUUGUCCAAACUCCCGCUGGCCCGCAUCAAAGCACUAAUGAAAACAGACCCAGACGUGUCCCUGGCCAGCCAAGAGUCUGUGUUCAUCAUCGCUAAAGCCACGGAGUUGUUCGUUGAGAUGAUUGCCAAAGAUGCUCUUGUGUACGCCCAGCAAGGAAAGAGGAAAACAUUACAAAGAAAAGACCUGGACAAUGCUAUUGAGGCUAUAGAUGAGUUUGCCUUCCUAGAAGGCACGCUAGAUUAAAGACUCCUUUACAAGACCAGUGAGCAGAUGUCAUUUCACCCAUCAUUCAACAACCGUUCUUUGCAGAAGCAGCUGUUAGGAAACUUUCUGGGACAUUUCUUAAUCUAUUCACAGCUUUUAUUCAGAUGACCCCUUUGGAUUUCUUUAAACUGUAAUGUGUAUAUUGUCCUGUAAAUAUUUGGGAAAUUCUACCAUAAAAUAAAAUAAAUUUUAUGUUUUUAACAACA